GCCGAGCCUGCGCAGGAGAGAGAAGAGGAGGAGGAGGAGGAGGAGGAAGAGAAGCCGAAACCUUCUGCAGACUUGGCUUUCUUCUCCGCAUCCCUGGUCCUGAGGGUUUUCUGAGGAAAAUGGCGACCCUGAAAGAGAAACUCAUCGCCCCGGUGGCCGACGAGGAGCCGCCCGUGCCCAACAACAAGAUCACCGUGGUGGGGGUCGGACAAGUGGGCAUGGCCUGUGCCAUCAGCAUCCUGGGAAAGUCUCUGGCCGACGAGCUCGCCCUGGUGGACGUCCUUGAAGACAAGCUCAAAGGGGAGAUGAUGGACCUGCAGCAUGGCAGUCUCUUUCUCCAGACGUCCAAAAUCGUGGCUGACAAAGAUUAUUCCGUGACGGCCAACUCGAAGAUCGUGGUGGUGACAGCGGGUGUUCGGCAGCAGGAGGGAGAGAGCCGGCUGAACCUGGUGCAGAGAAACGUCAACGUCUUCAAAUUCAUCAUCCCUCAGAUCGUCAAGUACAGCCCGGAAUGUACCAUCAUCGUGGUCUCGAACCCAGUGGACAUUCUCACCUACGUGACCUGGAAGCUAAGCGGUCUGCCCAAGCACCGCGUCAUCGGCAGCGGCUGUAAUCUGGACUCAGCUCGGUUCCGUUACCUCAUGGCUGAAAAGCUUGGCAUCCACCCCAGCAGCUGCCACGGGUGGAUCCUCGGGGAGCACGGGGACUCCAGCGUGGCGGUGUGGAGUGGGGUGAACGUGGCAGGCGUGUCGCUCCAGGAGCUGAACCCGGAAAUGGGCUCGGACAACGACAGCGAGAACUGGAAGGAAGUGCACAAGAUGGUGGUGGAGAGCGCCUAUGAAGUGAUCAAACUGAAAGGCUACACGAACUGGGCCAUCGGCCUGAGCGUGGCCGACCUCAUUGAAUCCAUGCUGAAAAACCUCUCCAGGAUCCACCCGGUGUCCACCAUGGUAAAGGGUAUGUACGGCAUCGAGAACGAAGUCUUCCUGAGUCUCCCGUGUAUCCUCAAUGCCCGGGGCCUGACCAGCGUGAUCAACCAGAAGCUGAAGGACGAGGAGGUAGCGCAGCUGAAGAACAGCGCAGACACGCUGUGGGCCAUCCAGAAAGAUCUCAAAGACCUGUGACCCGCCGCGAGCCGCCCGCAGACACUCACAGACUCCGGGGCGCUGAGAUCCUCAGCCUCCAUCUUUAGCCUCGCCCCCCCCCCCCCCCCCCCCGUCCCCCGAAUCGAGUCUGCCUCCUGCUCUCUCCCUGGGCCACGCUCACAAAGCCCACGUACGCGCGUGGGUCCGUGCUUGUAUUAGGAGCUCGUGAACAAAUAAAAUCAGCCGUUCGGGUGUGUGA